UCUAGAUUCACAGUCUAUUGUAAACAAGUCAAGAUGAAGGCAGCUAUUGUUCUGGCAUUGAUCGGUACGGUCUUGGCGGCUCCGCCACUAAGGUUGACGCAGAAGCCAGUUCAUGACCAUGAUGACCAGUAUGCACAUAUUUUUGCGGAGGUGAGACCAGCGGGCCAGAAGCCACAGCACUUGGAGUGGGAAUUCCAGUCACAGCAUCAGAACUUCUUGUCAAACAACCAGGUUGAUUUGGAACUGCAACGCGAGGAGCAGAAACAGCUUCACCAUUUGGAGGCUGAGCUUCACCAACAGCACCAGAAUUCCAAUCCAAGUCAUCAGGUUGAGCUUGAAAUCAAACAUGUAGAGCAGAAGCCACCUCAACGAUUGGAAUUUGAGGCCCAGCAACAGCACCAUCAGAACUCUGCCCAGGGACACUUGGUUAAUUUGGAAGUGAAACCCGUUGAGCACAACCAGCCCCAGCACUUGGAGGUUGAGAUUAAACAGCAGCACUCUUCUCCGAAUCAUCAGGUUGAGCUGGAAAUCAAGCCUGUCGAGCAGAAGCCACCUCAGCGUCUGGAAUUUGAGGUCCACCAGCAGCAGCACCAUCAAAACUCUGCCCAGGGACAUUUGGUUGUUUUGGGUGAAAGGCCAGUGGAGUACAACCAGCCUCAGCACUUGGAGCUUGAGAUCAAGCAGCAGCCAAUCCAUUCUUCUCCCAAUCAUCAGGUGGAGUUAGAAAUCAAGCAGGUAGAGCAGAAGCCACACCAGGGGUGGGAGAAUGAGGGCAACAAGCAUCACCAGCAGAAUCCUGCCCAGGGACAUUUGGUUGCUUUGGGAGUUAAGCCAGUAGAGCACAAGCCCCAGCACAAUGACUUUGAAGUGUCUGCCGAUCAUCAGCUGAAUCAUUCCCAGGAAAUCGAACUGGAAACUGCUGAGAAUGAUAAGCCCAAGGUCUCCUAUCCCCAUAACCUACACUUCAACCACAACUUGCGCCAAUAGAGCAGUCACCCAAAAAAAAAAAGAAUAAAAGCAAAAUAUAUAUCCGUAUUACAAAGUGCAUUAAAUAUGUAUAAUUACAAAGAGAGCGUUUUCAGUGGCCAGUUUUCCCAAGGUGCUUGUAAAAUGAAAAUAAAUAAAAAUGGUUGAAAGAGUGAGCACAA